GCAAGGUGCGCCGGACAGGGCGGGGGGGGGGCGGUGUUGACGCACGUGAACCACGCCCGCCGCGAGAGGACGAUCGGGUCGGGCCACUCCCACAACUUUACAGCUGGGCCAGAAGCCUUGGCCACGCCACUUCCGCCGGAAGCUUAGUUGUCGGUUUUCUGUUAGAGCUAGUCCAGUCAGUGUGGAAAUUGUUUCUACGAAGGAAAGUGCCACAAAGUCUUAUAGUCACUUUCUGAAGUCCGCUUUGGGCCUGUCUUGGGUGAGGUCGAUACCGGCCCCGGUCCGAAGGCGGUUUCUGGCAAGCAGACGAAGACAAUUUCUGUUCCGGAACAGAGGCCACGCGCCCAGGUUGUUUCCGGGGAACUCGAGACCGUUGCACCACCUCGCCCCGCCCCUGGCGCGGCCACGUCUCGCUGGAGCUACUGGGGCAGCCACCGGGUAUCAUGAUAUUGGUGGGUUUCACUGCAAGCCGUGUGUGAGACUAUUAAGUUUUGCCCUGAAAAUGGAACACAGCAUGAGGUCCUUCCCAAGAGCUCUGGGCUGUUGCUGAUGGCAGAAACUGCACUUGUCUUGGGGUCACUUGUAGCCCUUCAGUGUCUUCUUAGCCUGGGCCCUCCUGACCAUGGACAGUAUGUCAGCUGAAUACGAUGGCCUCCCAGAAGACAGACCCAACAGUGACACCUCAGCUUGUCCCGAGGCCCUCCUGACUCCCCUAGGCUCACCAGCACUGCCUGACCAGCUGAACGAAGUACAAUGUGCCAGUGUUGAGGUAAACAGAGCUUCCAAAGAAGUAGGAUGCCUGGACACACCUGGCCAGGGGCCACUCUGCCAGAAUGGGUCCACGCCACAGUUCCCAGACUCGCCAUUAUUUCUUGAUCCCACCACAAGCUCAAUGAGUCCUGAUGCCUCUCCAGGCUCCACAGCAUCUUCGCUGCCCCUGGAGAAGGAGGAACAGGUCCGACUCCAGGCCCGGAAGCGCCUAGAGGAGCAACUCCGGCAAUACCGUGUGAAGCGCCAGCAGGAACGGUCCAGCCAACCUUCAACAAAAAUGAGACUCUUUAGCACUCUUGAUCCUGAGCUCAUGUUGCACCCAGAAAACUUGCCAAGGGCCAGUACUGUAGCUAUGACAAAAGAGUACUCCUUUUUGCGCACUAGUGUCCCUCGCGGGCCCAAGGUGGGCAGCCUAGGGCUGCUGACACAUGCCAAGGAUAAAAGGAGUUCCAGAUCAAGCAAAAUCCGGUCUCUGGCUGAUUAUAGAACUGAAGAUGGAAGUGGUUCCAGUGGCGUUGCUUCUGCUGCUGACUCUAUUGGAAGCUCCCUGAGGCAAAGCAGGGGCAGCACCUCAGUAGUGUCUGAGGUUAGCCUGUCCCCUGAGACUGAUGGCCAUCUUGAGAACACCUUGCUGACUGGGGAUGGUGUGUCAGAGGCCGAUGGAAACGAAAGUGACAGCUCCUCACACAGCAGCCUCUCCACCCGAGGGACCUGCAGUGUCCUGGGGAACAUGGUGGUCACACAGGGAGCUGCCUACAUGGUUAAUGGCCAAGAGAUUGCCACGGAGGCCCUGGGCCAGUUUCCUUCAAUUAAGGAUAUCCUCCAGGCCUCAGCAGCUGAGCACCAAGACCAGGGGCAGGAAGUCAACGGGGAGGUGCGGAGCCGCAGAGACAGUAUCUGCAGCAGUGUGUCCAUGGAGAGCUCCCUUGCUGAAGGACAGGAUGAAAUGUUGCAGGUUCUUAAAGAAAAAAUGAGACUAGAAGGACAGCUGGAGGCUUUAUCAGCAGAGGCCAGUCAGGCACUUCAGGAAAAGGCAGAGUUGCAGGCCCAGCUGGCUGCCUUACGCACCAGGCUGCAGGCCCAGAUGGAGCGAAGCCACAGCAGCCAGCAGAAGCAGGACUCCCUCAGCUCUGAGGUGGACACUCUGAAGCAGUCCUGCUGGGACCUAGAGCAGGCCAUGACUGACCUGCAGAGCAUGCUGGAAGCCAAGAAUGCCAGCCUGGCAUCCUCGAAUAAUGACCUACAGAUGGCAGAGGAACAGUACCAGCGACUUAUGGCCAAAGUUGAGGACAUGCAGAAAAGCAUCCUCAGCAAGGACAACACAGUGCAUGACCUCCGACAGCAGAUGGCAGCCCUGCAGAACCAGCUCCAGCAAGUGCAACUGGAGCGCACAACACUGACCAGCAAGCUGCAGGCAUCGCAGACUGAGAUUGCAUCUCUGCAGCAUGCCCGGCAGUGGUACCAGGAACAGCUUGUCCUGGCCCAGGAGGCCCGGGUCAGGCUGCAGGGUGAGGUGGCCCACAUCCAGGUUGGACAGAUGACACAGGCCGGCCUUCUGGAGCACCUGAAGCUUGAGAAUGUGUCCCUGUCCCAGCAGCUGACAGAGACUCAGCACAGGUCCAUCAAGGAGAAGGAGCGCAUAGCUGUGCAACUCCAGAGCAUUGAGGCUGACAUGUUGGAUCAGGAAGCAGCCUUUGUGCAGAUUCGGGAGGCAAAGACAAUGGUGGAGGAGGAUCUUCAGAGGAGGCUGGAAGAGUUUGAGAGCGAACGGGAGCAGCUACAGAAGGUGGCAGACUCAGCAGUGGCCCUGGAGCAGCAGUUAGAACAGGUGAAGCUGACUCUGCAGCAGCGAGACCAGCAGCUCGUGGCACUGCAGCAGGAGCACCUGGGCCUGGCAAAACAGCUCACCUUGGCGCAGGAGGUCCUGCAGGCUCGGGAACAGUCCCUAGACAACCUGCACACCCGCUACGAUGAGCUGCAGGCACGGCUGGAUGAGCUGCAGGGAGAGGCUGCUGCCAGGGAGGACGUGGUCCACUUCCUGCAGAAUGAGAAGAUUGUCUUGGAGGUGGCUCUGCAGGCAGCCAGAAGUGGCAAGGAAGAGCUUGAUAGGGGAGCAAGGCGCUUGGAAGAAGGUACUGAGGAGACAUCAGGACUUUUAGAGCAGCUGAGACAAGAGUUGGCUGUCAAGUCCAGCCAGGUGGAGCACCUGCAGCAGGAGGCAGCCUCCAUGAGAAAGCAGACACAGAAGGUGAAGGAGCAAUUCCUUCAGCAGAAGGUGAUGGUGGAGGCCUACCGGCGGGACACCACCUCUAAAGACCAGCUCAUUAGUGAGCUGAAGGCCACAAAGAAGCGUCUGGACUUGGAGAUGAAGGAGCUGAGGCAGGAGUUAAUCAGGCUGCAGGGCGAGAAGAGGGCUGUGGAGGUGGAACACUCGCGCUUGCAGAAGGAAGUGUCCCUGGCCCACCAGCAGAUGGCUGACCUUGAGGAGCACCUCCAGUCAGCACAGAAAGAGCGGGAUGAGAUGAAGACAUACCUUCAGUCUUUGCAGUUCGACAAAGAACAGAUGGUGACUCUUACAGAAGCCAAUGAGGCACUUAAGGAGCAAAUAGAAGCACUGCAGCAAGAGGCCAAAAAGGCCAUCACGGAGCAGAAGCAGAAGAUGAAGCAGCUGGGCUCAGAUCUGACCAGUGCCCAGAAAGAGAUGAAGAACAAGCACAAGGCCUAUGAGAAUGCUGUGAGCAUCCUUAGCCGCCGCUUACAAGAGGCCCUGGCUGCUAAAGAGGCUGCAGACUUGGAGCUGAGCCAGCUCAGAGGCCGGAGCACCAUCAGUGACAGCGACCCUGUCCUACAUGAGAGGAUCCACACACUGGAGGUGGAGCUGCAGAGCAUUGGACACAGUAAGCUGAUGCUGGAGAAGGAGCUUCAGGAAGUGAUUGCCAUGACAAGCCAGGAGUUGGAAGAGUCCCGGGAGAAGGUGCUAGAGCUGGAGGAUGAGCUUCAAGAGUCCAGAGGCUUCAGAAAGAAGAUAAAGCGCCUUGAGGAGUCAAAUAAGAAGUUGGCUCUUGAGUUGGAACAUGAGAGUGGGAGACUUACAGGCCUCGGACAAUCCAACUCGGCCCUGAGGGAGCACAACAGCAUCUUAGAGACAGCGCUAGCGAAGAGGGAAGCUGACCUGGUCCAGCUGAAUCUCCAGGUGCAGGCAGUUUUGCAGCGCAAAGAGGAAGAAGAUCGUCAGAUGAAGCAGCUCGUCCAGGCCUUGCAAGCCUCACUGGAGAGAGAGAAGGCGGAAGUGAGCAGCCUUAAGGAGCAGGUGGCUGCUGCCAGGGUGGAAGCCAGCCAUAACCGCCGCCACUUCAAGGCAGCCACCAUGGAGCUGAGUGAGGUGAAGAAGGAGCUGCAGGCCAAGGAGCACCUGGUACAGACACUGCAGGCCGAGGCUGACGAGCUGCAGAUUCAGGAGGGGAAACACUCCCAGGAGAUAGUACAGUUCCAGGCGGACCUGGCAGAAGCUCGGACCCAGCUCCAGGUUCUGAAGCAGCAGCUGGAUGAGCAGCUGAGCCAGCAGCCUUCAGGGAGCCAAGAGAUGGAAAAUCUCAAGUGGGAGCUGGAUCAGAAGGAGCGGGAGCUCCAGUCACUGAAGCAGCAGCUGAACCUGACGGAGCAGCAGGGCAGGAAGGAGCUGGAAGGAAUGCAGCAGCUGCUACAGAAUAUCAGGUGUGAACUAGAGAUGGUGCAGGAAGAUCUGUCCAUGACCCAGAAGGAUAAGUUCAUGCUCCAAGCUAAAGUGUCUGAGCUAAAGAACAACAUGAAGACUCUGCUUCAGCAAAACCAGCAACUCCAGCAAGAUCUUCGCCGUGGUGUGGCCAAGAGGAAAGAACCGAAGAGCGAGGCCAACUCUUCUAGCCCUGCAACACCCAUCAAGAUCCCUGAUUGCCCAGUCCCAGCCUCACUGCUAGAGGAGCUGCUGAGACCUCCACCUGCUGUGAGCAAGGAGCCCCUCAAGAACCUGAACAGCUGUCUGCAGCAGCUCAAGCAGGAGAUGGACAGCCUGCAGCGGCAGAUGGAGGAGCACACCAUCACUGUGCAUGAGUCUCUGUCUUCCUGGACCCAGGUGGAAGCCCCCUUGGGAGAGCACACUCACCCCCGGAGAGACACCCAACAGCAGGGUCGCAGCAGGGCACCCAGAGAAGGCCUGGAGCAGUGACCCUCAACACCACUGAGGGCAGUGUGCUGCUGUGUGAAGGAAUGUACCGUUUCCAAUAUUAUUUAUUUGAUUGUGUGAUCUGCAUUUUCCUGAGAGAUGAAAUUUUAAGUUUUGCUUUUGCCUUUAAAAAGGAGUAAAAUAAUAGUAAGAGCCAAGGAUUAGAGAAAUAGUCAUUGGAAACCACAGCCACCUUUUCUCAUGAAAUGACCAAAUCUUAGAAGCCAGGUUUAUAGCUCAGGAGUUUCUGGUUGUCCCCCUGGUGGGUUCUGUGCAGGAGGAGGUGUUAGUGAGUGUGAGUGACAUUCAUUGCUGGUUUCUAGCAGAGGCUUCGCAGGACAUGGUCUGGGGCCAGCAUGAUUGGGGAGCCAGGCACUCCUUCUGUCCCACUUAGCAAGAGCUUUACUUUCCUGCAGAAAUGUUUGAUUUGCACCUUUGGCUUUUUAGUUCUCUUUCUUUUUUUUAAUAGCCACCUCACCGUAGGAUGUAUAUAAGCACUGAAAAUUAUAAUCUUGUAAAAGCAUAUGCAUAUAUUAUUUACGAAGGACUGAUUAUCUUUUUUUUUUUUUUUUUUUUUUU